AUGGCAUUGCCAUCCAAUAUCCUAAUUGUUGGAGGGGGUGUCUUCGGUUUAUCAACGGCACUCUCCCUCUCCAAGCGCCACCCAACCUCCACAAUAACAAUCAUAGAAUCCUCACCAACAAUUCCAAAUCCGCACGGCUCCUCCGUCGACACCUCCCGCAUCGUGCGAGCCGACUACGCAAACAAAGCGUACUCCAAACUCGCCGCGGAAGCUAUCGACCUCUGGCGCACCACAGACUGGGGCCGCAAUGGCCGCUACACGCAAAAUGGCCUGCUACUAGUAUACCCAUCGGACAGCGCGAGCGCAAAAGAAUACGCACACAAAAGCUACGCCAACGUGCGCGCGAUCGAAGGCGACAACGUCACCUUCCUGCCAACACAGACGGACGUCCUCUCCGUCGUGCCGGCCUACGGCUCAACGCUCGAUGUCGCGGGUGGCUAUGUGAACUGGGGAUCCGGAUGGUCGGAUGCUGCGGCGACGUUGCGCUAUGCGAAAGAGCGCCUUGAUGCCGAGGGGAAGGUGAAGUUCCGGAGUGGCAAUGUCGAGCGUGUGCUAUAUGCGGCUGCGGCUGGGAGUGGGAAGUCGAAGGUGACUGGUGUUGUGCUGGCGGAUGGGUCGGUUGUUGAGGCGGAUUUGGUUGUGUUGGCGACUGGGGCUUGGUCAUCGAGACUGGUUGAUUUGCGGGGGAGGGCGGUUGCGACGGGGCAGGCGAUUGCGUAUAUGCGGAUUUCGGAUGAGGAGCAGAGGGAAUUGGAGAAUUUGCCGACGAUUUUGAACUUCGCGACGGGGAUCUUCGUUAUCCCGCCGCGGGGAAAUUUGCUGAAGAUUGCGCGCCAUGCGUUUGGGUAUCGGAAUCCAGUUGUCGUGCCGGUUCCUGGGGACGGGGAUCGGACGGAGACGAUGGAGGUUAGUCUGCCUGAGCAGGGCGUUCCUGUGCCGCUUGAGGGACAGGAGGCUUUCCGGGUGGCGCUGAGGCAGCUUUUGCCGCGAUUUGCGGAGAGGGAGUUCGUUGAUACGCGGGUUUGUUGGUAUACUGAUACGCCCCAGGGUGACUUCAUUGUUUCUUACCAUCCUGACCAUGAGGGUCUGUUCCUUGCUACUGGUGGUAGUGGCCAUGCUUACAAGUUCUUCCCUGUCAUUGGAGACAAGAUCGUCGAUGCGCUGGAGGGAACACUUGACCCUGAGCUAAGUGAGAUGUGGACAUGGUCCAAGGCUCCCGUGUCGGAUGGGGAGGACUUUGACGGCGAUGGCAGUCGGUCUGGGGAGAGAAGAGCGAUUCUGAAAGACGAGUUGGCGAAGACGAAGAAGGCUUUGCGCAGCAGUGUCCUAUAG